GGUGUAGGUCAUCAGUAGUGUUGGUCAUCUGCGCCAUGGCGUCCAUUACUUACACACAAAUCGUCAAGUUUAUGCUACCGCUGGCGUUCACCAAGUUAGUCGUCAUAUUCGGCAACCAGGCACUAAUUAGAGGGCUUACCCCUGCGGAGAAUGCUGCAGCGGCUCUGGCCAGUUUUGGUAUAGCUUUCUUCAUCUGUCAGUUCAUGGUCGGUAUCGUCUUUGAGUUUACCAAUGUUAGUAUGGUCUUAGUGCGUAGCAGGCGGGAUGCUCUACUGGCACUGGUCUGCAUGCUUGUCGUCGGCCUGUUGAUCGUUACUACGGCACUGCUAAUUGGUUUGACGUCAUUGGGUACCUUUCUCACAGACACUGUCUACAGCUUAUCGGAAGAUGUUGCAGUUGGUGUGAACAAAUGUAUGCUCUACUUAGCAAUGUGGCCGCUUAUUGAGGGAUUUAACUGGCUGGUUUUUGGCCUACUUCUUUCCCACAAGCACAGUGUGUUGGUUGCGACAGCCCAGGUUCUGGAUAUUGCAGUUCGGGUGGUUUUCAUAUUUGUGCUUCCUCUGACUGGUUUACCAAAGACUAGACCAUUUCUCGUUCCAAUUCUAUCCAUGUACAUCGGGAUGUUUAUCAGAGUCUGUUUGGCUUUGAUAGGUUAUUUUAAAUACCUGCAUGGAAAACUGAGGAAAGACACAUCUUUAAAAGAGCGUCUGACAGCCAGACAGGUGUUUUCCUUCUGGUCUCCCUUGGCAGUUGUCAACAUAUGCCAGAACAUUAGCUUCCCACUGACCAACCUGCUAGUUGCUCGGGAUCUGGCUUCAGCCCCGGAUGAAGCAGCAAAGGCUGUUGCUACCCUAUCCAUCUGCUAUACGACCUUCAUGAUGACCUACCACUGGCUCAUCGACGCAAGAUAUCUCUUUCCGCUCUACCUAAAUCCAAGCAGAAAACCCACUGAAGAGGACGAGAAUAUCGUCAGACACAUUACGCGUUUCAACAUUGGAUACUUUCUGAUUUCAAUGAUAAUUUGUGUGAUUCUCUUUUGGAUACCGGGAGUUAUUACCAAUGUACUGAUGGCAUUAUUAGGACUGAAAAGGGACAUAGCUGAAAUGUGCAUCGUUCCACUCAGAAUCCUGACUGCACUUCCAAUUACAGUGUCGAUCAGAACACACUUUACAUCCUGGUUGAUGUGUCUCAGGAGAGUUGAAGUCACCUACCCUAGUGCAGUAGCACGACUUGUGUUUGCAGUAGCUACAGUCUUCCUGCUACCUCUUUUGGGUAUGCAUGGUGCUUCAAUGGGCGCCUUAUCUCUGGUCAUCUGCUUCGCAAUCGAGAUGGUGGCAGUGGUGAUUGCAGCUGCUUUCGUCAAGCAUUGCAAAAAGCGCAAGACUCCGUAA